AUCGGACCUGCCUGGGACAUGCGCAUCGUUUCCCCUCCACGGCUCUUCCUCCAUUAACAUCCAGACGUUGCACACAUAGAGCCACCAUGGUGCAACGCCUCGUUUACCGCCGUAGGUUAUCCUACAAUACAGAGAGCAAUAGGAGAAGAGUCGUUCGGACUCCUGGUGGACGCCUAGUCUACCAGUAUUUAAAAAAGCCGAAGAAGGCUCCCCGCUGUGGGCAGUGUAAGGAGACCCUCAGAGGCGUCAAGCCCGCGAGGCCGAUGGAAAAGUCUCGUAUGAAGAGACAUAACAAGUCGGUCCGGAGGUCCUACGGUGGUGUGAUGUGCCACCGUUGCGUGAAGGAGAGAAUCGUUCGUGCGUUCCUCAUCGAGGAACAAAAAAUCGUUGUAAAGGUUCUGAAGGCCCAGCAGGCUCAGGCCAAAGCUGUAAAAGGAAAAAAAGAAUAAGUGUAACUUUCUCUACAUAAAAUUCCACAAACCGAA